GUUAUUUCAACGAAUACCCUGUUGAUAAUUGGUCCUAUUCAAACUUUAUUCGCUACGCUCUUAAAAAAAGUUUGAUUCCAUCUGACCCUGUUAAAAUCUAUAACUACCAGUACAAGAAGUGUUUAGAAGCGAUCGAACAAAAAUACAACCCUUUAACAAGGGAGUACUCGAAAGCAAAUUUAUUAAAGAAAUCAUUUAAGGGUGCCCACGCGCCAACCUGGGUUUCCUCGUCGCAAUAUCAAUUGUUAAGGCAUGGAAAGAGAGCGAUUGAGCUUGGUGCAUUGGCACAAAACGAAGAAAUUGAAGAGUACAAGUACGAAACUUCAUUAAAUACUCAUGUGAGAGAGGAAAAGAAAUUAUAUUCCAGCCAGCAAUUAGAGUCACGGAAACGAAAUUGCGGUUCAGCUUUCCCAGAAAAUAAAGGACACGAAUCUGAUUCUGAUGAUCAUAAGAAAAGAUAUCAGCAAAACUCGUCACAGAAGAGACAAUGCACCGAACCAAUUGUGGUUGCUGAAAACAAUCCGCUUUUAGAAUCAGAGAAUAAUUUGGACAAAGAGAAGAAUAAUGAGAAUACUCCUCUGGCUCACGAUAACGUUGAAGGCGAGUCACAACAAUGUAAUGAUGAUGAAUCGUAUGGCGAAGUAUCCCCGAAUUUGUUUGAUGAAGACCACUACUAUACUUCAAAUUGCGAACUAUCUGAGGAAGUGAAGCAUUUGGACGCGAAUGAUGCAUUAAUUCGGAAUACCUUUCUUGAAGUUCUACAUCAAUUCCGAUCCAGGGAUCUUGAAUCAGGCAAAACAAUAAUGGAUUCGAAUCUUUUAAAUGGAAUAAUCGAUAUAACUGAUCCUAUAGUGAAGGAAAGCAUACGAUCAAAGUUGAAUGAAGGACAACAAUCAUGGCUUAACCAGGUUCUAGAAAAAAAAACUUGGGACCCGACUCCUGAGUUUAAGGAUUACUGUAGUCAAUUUACAGAAGAUAGGUGCAACCGUGUCCACAUUCCCACUCUUGUACGAAAGUCUUUUGUUGCUGGACACUUUGAUCCCUUCCUUUAUGAAGGACAUGACAUCGCACAACAGAUAAUGACACAUUUUUCUGUACGUCUAGAAGCUCCCAAUAAUUCUGAGUCAAAUGAAUCGGAUUUGGAAAGAACAUAUGCAGUUGACACAACGAUAUAUAUUGUGAACCGUCUCUUUCGGAUGCAUCAGGAUGUUCUUGAACGGACAUGGCUUGAAAUACUUACAAAAGAUACCAAGAACCGAAAAAUAGAUGGUGCUUUGAAAGUACUCAAAAUGAGAAAAAAGGAGCAUCAAACGAUAUGUAUUGUUGAAUUCUCUUAUGGUAAAAAGGCCCCUGAUAGUAAGGAAACUGAAGAUGAUGUCAAGCUUGCCCGUAAUGCAACUCGAAUCCUAAACAAACUACUGGAUUCAGUUCCUUGUAAGAAGGCGCGUGUGUAUACGAUUCAAUGUGUGAAUGGACAGAUUCAUAUACGAUAUAUAGCUCGACCCCUUCCCUCAAUAUACCUUUAUGAUGAAUUUGCGUGCAUUAAAAUCCAGAACUCCUUUGAUGACAUGGAACAAUUUGCUAUAGACAUGAAAAUGCUAAUGGAUUUUCAGAGUGACGUUUUAAAAACUGUAAAGUCAGUGAACAAACCCGUUGAAAAUAAGAAUGUGGAUAAGUCCGAAGUUGAAAUUACACCAAAGAAGGCUACAAAGAAGGCUAAGAAAGAUGUUUAA